AUGGCUGACCCAAGCACCAUUGACACUCGAUUCAUGGCUGAAAUUCGCACGUCGCUGGACCAGCUGGCGGGGGCGCUAGAGGGCGAGGAACCAGAGGAACAUGUCAAAAGUAUCGUGCAUGCGCAUGACAUCGGGGUUGCAGACGCUGAGGCGACGAUUCAGGACAUGGACAUCAACGAAGACGACAUCGACAUGGAUAGUGGUGGUGGGGAUACGAAAGUCACCGCGCGCCCACCAAGCAGCUGCAAUGAGCAACCUACCUCUCCAGAGUUGCUCGAGAUAGACGCUUUGUGCCUGGCUAUGCCUUUUAUCUUUUUUACGGCGAAUUGA